CGUAUUUAUUUCUGCCUGGCGGAAAGCUCCCUUUAACUAGUUCCACAUUCUCUCUCUCUCUCUCCUGCCAGAUCAGCCGAGGGCUCUGCUCGGUCGAUGUUUUAAAAGCACCGACACACACACACACACGCCCUCCCGCUGUCCUUCUCUCUCGGUCGCUGCCUGCGAGCGAGGAGGAGCCUGCGCUGCGCCCCUCGCCUGUGCGUUUUUGCGCGCUCACUCUCUCGACGUCUGUCUGCCUCCCUCUCCCAUCCACGUGGCUUUCUCGGGGAGGGAGCGCUAUAUUAGGAAGGGAGGAAGGAAGAAGCCGAGGCAGCUCUUGGAGAGUGCAUUGUUGCUGCUGCCGCCCGGGGAACGAGAGCGAGGGGAGGAGAGCAGAGCAGAGCAAGAGGACCCCCCUCCUUGCCUAGGAUUGGGGAGGUGCCUCCGUCGUGGCUCGGCGGCGGCGGGUACUUUGGAAGGACAAAGGAGGAGCAGGAGGAGAAGGCGGCGUGCAAAGGCGAUGAGAGCUGCCGGGAAGCAGCAGCAGCGGCGGCGCCAGCAGCCUCUCCGGACGCGGUGAGUGCCCGGCGGCAUUGCGCGCCAGGGAUCUCUCCUUCCCGGAUCCGCCGAGAAAGGAGGAGAGGCGGGGAAAGGGACUCUCGCAUCGGCGGGACGAAGAAUACAUCAACAUUCAACAGAGAUGUUUUAGUGCAGAGGAAGACUACAUCUGCCUCCUCUGGAUGCUGCAAGAUCUACGAAGACCCCCAGUCUGCACCCACACCACCUCUGCUGCAGAACCACAUAUUCACCGGAGAAUAGAGCGAAAUUGGAGAGCGGCUUUGGCAAAAACAAGGGGAAGAAGCGGUGACCUGCCGUGGCAGGAGAAAAUCCAUCAACAGUGCGCCCAGUGUUCGGAAAAGCAGCCAAGUGAAAGAGGCUGGCAAGGUAGAAAAAAAGGAGUUUCAGCAUCGAAACGUGGACAAGGCUUUUGACUGCCAGCUGCCUGGAACGACAACCUUUGAAUGAACUAAUCAGCGGCCCUAAUGAAAUAAUUUCCAGAGGAAAAGUGAUUUUUUCGCCCUUACUUAAAGCCUUUUUUUCAUUUAAGGUCUCUCUUCCCACACAGCAAAGAGGUGGGUGGGGGAGUGUUCCUUGACAUUGUUAAUAAUUUCCUCCCUCAAACUGCCGGGGUGGCAAAAAAAGAAACAGAAAAUUGCAGUUGUUUGCUUUCAUUAAACCUUUGGAGGAAUUAGCAGCUGCUGGAGGAGAGCCGAAGGAAAAAAGAGUUGAGUGGCCACACCCUGGGAAUGGCUUCUCAUAAAAGGAGAUAAGAGAUGAUCAGGGAUUCAGUCCUGUUUCAGUCGCUCCAGGACACAGUAAUGUGGGCUGUUCCUUUUGGACAAUAAAGGCAAUUAAGCUACUGUUUGCAGCCUACACAGAGCCCUGGAAGGAAACCUCUGCUUCUGCUUGCCUCAGCCGCUGGUGUUUCGCUCAAGCAUCUGGGCUAAGGAGGAGGCGGCGGCGGGUCAAGAUGCUGGCCAUCAGGAAGAGGGGCUUCAAGAUGUUUACUCUUGCCUUAUUGUUUGUCAUCACCAUCACGUCGUUCUUGCUGAACUACAGCCACAACACGGUCAUGGUCGCCUGGGACCCCAAACAGCUCGUCUACCAGUUUUCGGAGCAGUUUCGGAGACUGAUGAAAUAUUCCCGGAGGCCUUGCAGCUGCCACACGUGCAUUUCUGAAGAGGGGGUCUCGCUCUGGUUCGACGACAGGUUCAACCAAACUAUGCAACCCUUCCUGACCACACAGAAUGCCUUCAUGCCCGAAGACAGCUACAAGUGGUGGCUGAAGCUGCAAGGGGAAAAGAACCCCAAGGGUUUAAACGAGACCAUCCAGGAGCUGUUUGAGCUCAUCCCUGGAGAUGCGGACCAGCUCCUGGAGAGAAGCGGUUCGCGAUGCAGGCGGUGCGCCGUGGUGGGGAACUCGGGUAACCUCAAGCAGUCGCAGUACGGCCAGGAGAUCGACAACCAUGACUUCGUGUUCAGAAUGAACAAAGCCCCCACAGCCGGCUAUGAGUCUGACGUCGGCAGCAAAACGACCCACCACUUUGUCUACCCCGAGAGCUACAAGGAGCUGGGCGAGAACGUCAGCAUGAUAGUCAUCCCGUUCAAGACCCUGGACCUUCGCUGGGUCGUCAGCGCUCUCACCACAGGGACCAUCAACCACACAUAUAUUCCAGUGCCACGCAAAAUCAAAGUCAACAAAGGCAAGAUCCUGAUUUAUCACCCGUUCUUCAUAAAAUACGUUUAUGAUAACUGGCUGCAUCAUCAUGGGAGAUACCCCUCAACAGGCUUCCUGUCGGUUAUAUUUGCUCUUCACAUCUGCGAUGAGGUGGACCUUUACGGCUUCGGAGCCGACAGCAAAGGGAACUGGCACCACUACUGGGAAAACAACCCAUCAGCCGGGGCUUUCCGCCAGACGGGUGUCCACGACGGGGAUUUUGAAUCCAACGUGACGUUGACUCUUGCCUCGGUCGACAAAGUACGCUUUUUCAAGGGCAGAUGACCCCGGUCACGGGGAGCGCUGUGAUUUCUGACUUACGGGGAAUACAGAGACACUUGCCGAAACGAAAGGGGUCUCGGAGUUGACUGUAUCUCACGCCUUAGCCGACAAAGCCAGGAACGACAGCCGGGUUGCAGUUUGCAAGCGGCAUUGCUGGGUUCCCGAAUUUUCUUUACCAACGUUUGAAGGAUGUGGGAGGAUUCCUCUUCCUGCUUCGUCACUCUCCCUUUCGUGAGACAUUUCCACUCUGUAAAUCUUGCCUUGUGCAAGUUAAAGGAAGCAAAAGUUAGAUCCUGACCCCUAACCCCCUUUCGUCUUUCUGAGAAUGCAUAUCUUGAGCUUUCAUUUUCUCUGGGACCGAAAACACUUGCGGAAGAGAUGCUGGAUUUCAUUCCUGACAACAGUGGAUGUGAAACACCCUCUCCGUUCACAAAUUACCUCAAAAAGGAGCUAAUUCUGUUUUUUAUCUUCUCCUAGAAGCAGCAUUCUUGCAAGACCUCUGAGCUCCCAUACUGCAUUAUGAUCAAGUGUGCAUUUGUCACCAGCCGGCAAAAAUUGGCACCAGCUUUAGCUGAGAUUCCUGCAUUGCAGGGGGUUGGACUAGAUGGCCCUUGGGGGUCCCUUUCAACUCUAAAAUAUUAUGAUUCUAUUAUUCCAUUUGCCAAGAGCUGGGAAUUUUGAAUGAAACACUUUCCAGUUAUUACUGUGGAUUCCCCCCCCCCCCCGUGUGAAAUGUAUUUGCUCUUCUUCAUAGCCAUAAUUAAGGAGGGAAAAGAUUGGGGGGGGGGUUGAAAAUGAAGAUAUAAGAAGCUGGAGUAAACUAGUCACUAUUGUUUACCUUUUAAAAAUGUCUUUCUCGCCGCUUCUGAGCUUUCGACUCUGCUACCAAUCAGAGAAAUGAAGUUAUUUUUAUAUCUAUAUAAAUUUUUGUCAUUGACAUGUGCCUUUCUGAAAUAUCAAGAAUACAAAAGGGAGAGUCGUUCUGGCUUGUUCGGCUCUCACCGAGACUGAAAUCCCUCGAUUAAACCUUUUUUACAUAUAUAUAUAUAUAUAGGGAAAUAACUGACCAAAGUUCAACGCUACUUACCGUCAUCAGUUUUUUUUAUCGACAGCUUUCUUCAGUCUACUUGAAAGGUUCGCGAGCAACAGUCAGGUUUCAGUUUUGUUUUUGAGAGAGAGAAACGUUUUUGCCUUAUUUUAAAAGAAUGUGGGGGUUUUUUUUAUUAAAAAAUAAGAUUAUUAUUUUUUUUUUUUGGCUUCUAUUUUUGACUGCUGUGGUAGGUGGCUCCUGUGUGAAAUUGUCCUGAAGUGGAAGGAAAUUGUCUCCACCUCAGGAGGAUAUUGUUCAAGGGCUACAUCGGAGGAGUGAGCAGAAUCAAGAUGUGAGAUCCAUGGCCAGGGAAUGAGAUUACUUGGGAGUCAGUCCCCAGCGAACUCCAUACAGCUUACUUCUGAGCAGGCAAGCAUAGGAUCGCACCGUCAGGGACCUUAUAAAGAAUGAAAAGAGGAAGGGAUGAUCUCCACAGUUGACAAGGCCCUUAAGCGAAGGUGAUGGGAAGAGAUUAGGCUGGAACGUUGUGGAAAGCAUCCUCUUCUGGAGAAUGAAGAGAGGGGAAGCCGUCCUUAACGAAGCAUUUGCCACAGGAACUAAUUGUGAGACUGUUAGGAAGACGGCCGUGUGGCGGUUUCAAGAAAACAGUGGUGGGCAGAUCCACGUUAAAGUCGCCUCGUGCCGCUGGUCGUGGGACCUCUUGAGGGGACGUUGGGGGGGGGGGUCAGAGUGAUUCUUUGUGCUGAAAAUCCAGAUGGAUAUGCUACCUUCUUAUUUCCUUUUUAAAAAAAAUAAAAUAGUGCGUAUCUAUUUUAAUUGUCGCUAUAAAACGGAGAGAGACACCCUUUCUGAAAACCUCUCCGAAAGAUCUCGUGCAAGGCUUUUUAGUUCUCACGGGCAACCAACACCUGAGGAUAAACACAGUUAUUAUUUUUAAAUAAAUAAGAAUGCAUAAACCAGCUGUAUUUCAGCAGGAAGGAGACGACGUGGGGGUCAGGAUGGUUGCUUUUUCCUCAAAACGAAAGCGGCCAGAUUUAAGGACGCCUUUUGAAAACUUGCCAUUUGACCCUUAGCCCCAGUGGGUUGUGGUAAUGAAUUUCACAGCGCAGGGGUAGUUCGAAACCUGUUCGAAAUGAGUGCCGCAGCAAGGAUAUUAUUGUCUGCCCCAGAAUUGUUUAGAUUCCCUGGUAGGGUUGCCAGUUCCUUUUGCCCGCCUCUGCGCCUGUGCCUUUCACGGCAACAUGAUCUGCAAGCGGCUAAUUCUUACCUCCACAUUGUGGGAAGUGUUGCCUGCAGAUCAGGGUCGCUGCUCAAAAUGCACAAGAGCAGGCCAGACUGCCCCCAUUAAUUGGCAACCCUAUUUUACAGACUGGAAAUAAUGUUGUUUUUUUCAACAUCGUACUCUGAGCUUAUAGGGUCGGAACAACAUCCAAAUAAAUCAAUUUGUAGUUAGCACCCGAGGAGGACUGAACUCACACGCACUUGAUAUGCAUGUGAAUGAUUCUAGUUUCAGUCCCUGAUAUCCUGUCCCACCCCCUUUAAAA